CCGAUCUGUCGGAUAAGGAUCCGGAUCCGGAUACCCGAUCCGUCACAGGCCUAGAUCUCAUAACAUCUAUAAUACAAAAUUGAUAGAGACUUCUCAAGUAAAAUUUUGUUAUAAAUGUCAUAAGCUCUUGUAUGCCAGAACCACUAUAUCUUCUUCCCCAACAUUAAGCUUCCUUUCUGAUCAAAUUCUCAGCUUAAUCUCAUCUCAGAAGCCUUCCUUCUAGUUCACGGAACCUAAAUAAACCUAUUCCAAAACCCUAAAACAGAGAUUCGAGAGAAGGAAUGGUGAUGAUGGGUCUUUUCAAACCUACUCCAUUAAAGAAAAGAAGAAGAAGGUUAACCUUUUUAUGAAGAAUCCAAGUUCAGAAGACACAGACGAAAAAUACACAAGACAGACAGCGAGAGAGAGAUAGAGAGAAACAACUGAGUUAUAGCAUGUAUGAUCUUGAGCUAACUUCGAUAGGGAACAACUGGGAGCUCAAGAAGCUGUUGCUAGCUACAACUAGUAAGUCGAUUAUUGUGAUUGAGGAUAUAGACUGUUCCUUGGAUCUCACGGGAGAGAGGGGAGUUAAAGAGGAUCUUCAGACCAAUGCAGAGAUCAAGAAGUUGAAGAAGAAGAAUGCAGUUACACUCUCUGGAUUGUUGAAUUUUAUAGACGGGAUUUGGUCGGCUUGUGGACAAGAGAGGAUACUUGUCUUUACAACGAACCAUUUGGGGAAACUUGACCAAGCUUUGAUCAGAAGAGGUCGGAUGGAUAUGCAUAUAGAGUUGUCUUAUUGCAGAUUUGAAGCGUUCAAGAUUCUUGCCAAGAACUAUCUGAAUCUUGAUUCGCAUCUCUUGUUUGGUAAGAUUGAGACGUUGCUGGAAGAAACGAAUAUGACACCGGCUGAUGUUGCGGAGAAUUUGAUGGUGAAAGAUGGUGUUGAUGGAUCACUCAAGGGUUUGAUCCGAGCUUUGGAACAGAAGAAGUUGAACCAACAUUCAGAUGAACAACAGAAGGAGAUUAACAAAUAAAUAAUAUUUGCAGUUUUAGUAUCUGCUUUGAUAUGGUGUUUAUUAUUAGUACUUCACAUCUUCCAUUUUACAGAUCAUAUAUAGGGAUUGCAAAAAAAUAAACACAGAUUUAGCACCAAAUCCCACUAUUUAAAACUACCAAAUUCCAAGUUUCAAUAGAUUUAGCACUAGGCCCAGUCAAUAAUGUGAGUACUCAACCGAUCAACCUAGUGAUGGGUUGCGGGUCAAACCCGCUUCGCUUGACCCGCCAACCCACAGGUUGAAUGAUAUUUUUGAUUAAAGUAUUAGAGUAGUAACUGGAUCUGCUCGAUUUUGCCGGUGCGGGGCCAGCGAGUGGAUAGAUCAACACCACUCCCUUCCACCAGCUCACCUUCACCGCCACUGAAGAGCCCCGAAAACUCUAGUCAGCCGCUGUCCACAAAGCCGGCGAAAAUCAGAGACAAAGGGAUGGUGCAGAUCUAGAGUUUUUUUUUUUUAGUCG